AUGUUGUCAUCAGUGGUAAAGCCAAAGUACGGAAGUCAGUCAAAAGGAAUAAAAUCAUCGUUGUAUGAAGCAAGGGGUAUGGAUGCAAAAAAAAAUCUAGAGGUAACAAAUGACACAAUAUCAAAGUUAGGCAAAAUCAACCCAUUGUUUGGUGUGUGUAUGACAGUGGGAAACCAGGCGCAGAGUACUAGUACACGUUUGGGUUUUACUGUUCCUCAUGGCUCGCCACUGUCAUACCAGCUGUCCCAGACUGAAGGGAACUUUUCUGUCAGUGCGAAUAUUUCUGCAAUAAAAGGCACAAAAUGUGAUAAUGUUUCUAAAGUCCCCAAUUUCCCAUGGAAUGACAAUGACAUUGAUGAAAUCCCCCAAAAGGUUCUAAUAGAAGCUGGCCUUCAUAUUACUAGUGAACAAGCAACUGAUAUAUUCAAUAAAACAACUGAUCAGUCAUCAUGUGAGCUCUGGCAUGAAGUACGGAAAUGUCGGCUGACAGCCAGUAAAUUCGGAGCUAUUGUUCGUAGAAAGAAAGACAAAGGAAAAUUUAUAAAGACCCAGAACUUUACUUGUGAAAAAAAAUCUUUCUAAUGUGCCAUCUAUUAAAUAAUUAUGGACAGGAGAAUGAAGAAAAGGCUUUGAAACAGUAUAUUCAGUAUAUGAAUAACACAGGGAGACAUGUUAAGGCAUUCCAAGCUGGUUGUGUCAUUAAUUCCAAUUUUCUUUGGUUGGCUGCUUCACCAGACGGAAUUUUAUUUGAUGAGGAUGCUGGUUUUGGACUGAUUGAGGUCAAAUGUACAUAUUCAAAAAGAAAUAUCACACCUGUUGAGGCUUGUAUGGAUCCAUCAUUUUUCUGCAAUGAAGAUGGCCAUUUUAAAAUAAAAAAUGACCACGAAUACUAUGCACAGGUCCAAGGUCAGUUAGGAGUUUGUGGUGCACUAUUUUGUGACUUCAUUGCAUACACAAAUAAAGGCCUUGGCAUUCAGAGAAUUGCCUUUGAUCAUCAAUAUUGGAGAGACAUGACCUCAAAAUUAAGAGACUUCUUCUUGACAGAAAUCAAAGAAAAGUAAUAGAAUAUUGCAUAGCACUGGCCAGUGUUUUAAGUUAGAACACAAUAUUAUAUAAAUGACAGUGCACUCAAUUUCUAUCACGUUGUGUGGGAACAAGAUAUUAUUAGAAUAUGUUAAAGAUAGGUAAGAAAAGUGCAUUGAUUAAGCGUUCGUACAACCUAGCGACCAUAAUUGUCUUACAGCAUUUUGCCUCUCUUCAUGUCAUGUAGCUAGAUGCUCAGAGAAAGUGUAUAUAUACAUGUACAUAUUAUAUAAGAUUUAUUAGAUAUAUUUUAUGUAAUUUUAACUUUUUGAUUGUAUUUACUGUAGAUGAUGAAGUGCUGUUAGAUUUGUAUAAUACAGUUCAUACAUUUUUGUUUUUAUAUGAGGGAUUAACAAUAUGUGCUUUUUUCAUAGGAAUCUUUUAUUUUUGUUACAGACCGUUUUAGCCCUUCUAACAUUUUUAUAGCUUGAAGUCUGUUGAACUUUAGGUUUCAGAUGAUUUGAAAUUACCUUUAAUUUCAAAACUGCUAAAAUGUCUGUAAGUCUAUCUUUUAUGAAAGAAAAUCAGAAAGAAUAAAGUUCAACAAAUCCCUUACUAUAUUACAUGACUGUUGGCACCUCUGUCUGGUCUAGUCAUGUAGAGAGAUGUUGAGAGAUGUUGAGAAAAAGUGUAUAUAUAUGUACAUACUUAAUAGUAUUUAUUAGAUAUAUUUUAUAUAAGUUUUUGUUCGUACUUACUGU